AUGGUCCAGAAAGAACCUAUAACGAUGCCCAUCGCCGUCGUCGGCAUGAGCUGUCGUUUUGCAGGAGGUGCUACUAGCCCGGAGAGGCUCUGGGAGCUCUGCGCUGAAGGGCGCAGUGCCUGGUCGAAAGUACCCCAAAGUCGGUUUAACCAGGCAGCGUUCUAUCACCCCGAUGGUCAGAGAUCAGGCACCAGCAACGCACAAGGAGCACACUUUCUUGAGGAGGAUGUUUCAUUGUUUGAUGCGCCGUUUUUCAAUUUUCCAGCCGAGGUGGCCAACUCAAUGGACCCCCAAGUUCGCCUGCAACUAGAGGGGGUAUUUGAGGCCCUCGAGAGCGCCGGCAUCUCGAUCGAAAAAAUCGCAGGGACGCAGACGUGUGUCUUUGCUGGCGCAUCCUUUCGAGAUUACCACGAUAGCCUGAUGCGUGACCCGGACAUUCUGCCUCGUUUUUUCUUGACCGGCAAUGGCGCAGCCAUGAUAUCUAACAGGAUAUCCCACUUUCAUGACCUGAGAGGGCCCAGCAUGACGGUGGAUACGGGGUGUUCCACGGCAUUGACGGCCUUGCACCUGGCUUGCCAGAGUCUCCGCGCGGGCGAGUCGACUACCUCGAUUGUUGCCGGUUCUAAUAUAAUGCUCAACCCUGACAUGCUCGAGACGCUGGCGAGUGUAGGAUUCCUUUCGUCUGCCGGUAAGUCCUAUCCCUUUGACGAUCGAGCUUUAGGCUACGGUCGUGGAGAAGGUAUUGCAACAGUUAUUCUCAAGCCCCUAGCGGAUGCAUUGCGCGAUGGGGAUCCGAUUCGGUCAGUAAUCAGGGAAACCGCACUGAACCAGGAUGGCCGCACUCCAACCCUUACCUCACCUAGCGAACAGGCUCAGGAGGAAUUGGUUCUCUCCUGUUAUCGAAACGCCGGCCUAGACCCUACCGAGACGACUUAUGUGGAAGUCCACGGUACAGGUACACGAGUCGGGGAUCUCAUAGAGAUAUCUGCACUCAGCCGAGCCCUGAACUGUGACAGACCGGUAAAUGAACCGUUAUUCAUUGGCUCUGUGACAUCAAACAUCGGCCAUGCGGAGACAGCCAAUGGCCUCGCAAGUGUCAUUAAGGUCGCCAUGGCCUUUGAGAAAAGAAGUAUCCCCCCGAAUGCGAACUAUCAGAACCCGAACCCCGAAAUUGAUAUCGAAUCAUUAAAUGUAGAGGUCCCAGGCUCCCUCAAACCAUGGCCAUCGAGCGUCUGUAGGCGGGCAUCGGUUAACAACUUUGGGUACGGGGGAACGAAUGCCCACGUUAUUAUGGAGCCUGCACCACAAGAUAGGCCCGAGCCCUAUACCAAUGGACACCAUUCGGGAGCCAAUGUGCCUCGAGCUUUCGUUCUUAGUGCGAAGGACGAGACGGGUACUCGUAAGAUGAUGGCGCAUUUGGCACAGUAUCUGAGACAGGCCAACGUCGAGAAAGAUGAGUAG